AUGAAACACACAAAUAUUUACUUUAUCAUUUUAAAUCCAAGUGCAUUUCGAGCGCUUAGUAUUGUAUUAGCAUAUUUUAAAGAAAGUAAACAAUAUAUUAUUGUGGACACGAAAAUAGGAUGGUAUAAUUUGUACGUAUACACACCAUUACAGACUCACCUGUUUUUCUACAUGGCGAAAAUGCCUCGAUUUGUUCAUACUAUCACAAAUUCCAUAACAGAAUUUAAUGCCAAUAUUGUCACGUAUUCUCGAACGUUAUUAAUUAUACCCAUUGCUUGGCUUCUCAAAUAUGAUCAUAAUAUAGGGGUAUGUUUAUUGAUACUCCUACACGAUUUUCUCGAUCAUGUUGAUGAUAUUGUGGCUAAAACACAAACACGAAUCUAUGGUGAAAUUGAUGAUCGACUAUUGAGCGGUUUCAUGCACGCAUUUUGCGAUAAAAUUGUUAAUAUAUUCUGUUUAUGGACAAUAUUGCUAGAAAUAAAUUUUUCACAAACAUCUUAUUUACAAACAAUGGUAGUUAUAUGUUUAUGCUACACGAUCAUUGGAGCAGAAACAGUACUUGGUAUUGUCCGUAUACAAGAUUAUUUUCAUGCAUCACUAGGUGGACAUAAGCAACUGUCAGAAACAGAUACAACAGCAGCAGCAGCGAUAGAAGGAAAACUGAAGAAGAAAUUAGAAUCAAUGGGAUUAGCUUUCCUAUGCUUAUCAACAGGAUAUGCAACGCCAUUCAAUCAUUGGUCUGGCAUUAUGGGUGUCAUUUGCUUUUCGUUAACAGUUCGAUUCGCUUAUGUUAAUCUAACAGAAAAACUUCGUGCAAGAGAGAAAAUAGACAAACUAGUCAAUAAAGCAGAGCCAUCAGCAAUACAGCGUUCAAUUAAUAUUAUUAAUGCAACAAAAUCGAAUUCAGAAUCGACGACAAGUGGGAGAGCAAUAACAUUAGAUUCGAUAUUAAGAGAGUCAAAAACUAAAGCAAAAUACCAGAGUAAUAGUGCAAACUAUAGUAGUAAAAAUGUUACUCUGAAUGAAAAAUCUUUAGAAAAUUUCCCGAUCAAUCAUUCAGCAACAACGAUGCGACAAAUAAAAGAGGAAGACGAAGAAAUGAGAAAACUUGGAGUGAUCCGAAAUGCAUCGCUGCCAAUAAUUUGGAUCGAUGGACGAGCUGAUAAAGUAUAUACAAUUGGUUGUUUUGAUUUAUUUCAUGAAGGACAUCGAUUACUAUUGUUACGUAUGAGGCAAUUUGGUCGAGAAGUCAUUGUUGGCGUUCAUGAUAGUCGUAGUAUACACAAGCUAAAAAAACGUGUACCAGUUGACGGUACUGACAAAAGAAUGUUAAACGUUAAACAGUAUGCUGAUCAAGUUUAUUGUAUAUCAGGAACAGAUCCCAGUGCAUUCGUAAAGUGUAUUGUCCAUUUGAAAGAAAACGAAUCGGCGUUGUAUAUACGUGGUGACGAUAUGGCCGAUUUUCCAUCGAGACAUGUUGUAGAAAGUUUGAUGCCCGUGAGAUUUUUGCCUUACACAGCUGGUGUAUCAAGUACAAAGCUAAGACAGGAACGUUAUUCACAUAUACGCUCAGACGACCUUGAACAUUUGGAAAUGAUCAAUUAA